CUUUCGUCCCAUUUUCUACACAAAGGGUUUACCACCAAUUCAACCAGGAACGACCUAUAAUCAUCUGACAGCAAGCCGGGUCAGCCGAGGAACGCAUGCGCCGGUUUUCCGCCCGCUAUAAUUUUCCUCUCAGGUAUUUAUGGCAAGCCGGCAUCACACAUCGAACCACUGAAAGCAACACAUUUCUACUCGCACAUCCGCUGCUUAUAGCACGGCAUUUCAUUGCUCGUGAUAUAUAUGCCUGGUUAUCGGCUGAGCUGGUUUCAGUCCACCGUUGAAGCUUUCCCUGUGCAUUUCGCGAAUCGUGUUGUGCAAAGUUUAUCGUCCACCUAGAACCACCAAUACUGGAGUGUGAAAAGCAACAAGUUGUUUGCCAAGUGACAAAAACACCGGAAGAAUCGUUUGAACUAACAUGCGGCACCCUGCAUAAUGGAUGCCUGAGUAACGAAAAAAAAAAAAACAGUGAUUUGAGCUGAGUAGUGAACAGUUACAGGUCUGUUGGGGCCAUAUCAGCUGAGUGAAGUUAUUUUUGGUCCGCACAGCUCUGCAAUUUGUGAUUGGAAACCUAAUAUGCAUCGAGUGGUAUCGAUUUGGUAAUAGUAGACAGUCAGAAAAUUGAGUGUUGAUGGAAAGUUUUUUGAAUAUCAAGCAGUAGGUCGAAAAGAAGCAAACAGACUUUCGGGAAUCUCUGUUGGAUAUAGAAUUUCAUCGACGCCUAGGGGUGAAUAUUUCAGCGGUCAAGAUAUCAUUUCGGAGCAAACCCAGCCCCAGAGAACCGUCCGCCAUGAAGACGGAGGAAAAAACGAAUGUGCCGCGGGUGCGAAUAGCGGUACUCGGAAACAUGAAUGUCGGAAAAUCAGCCCUUACUGUGCGCUACCUGACGCGGAGAUUCAUCGGCGAAUAUCGUUCGAACACUGAUCUGCUGUAUAAGCAAACCGUGACCCUGGAAAGUGGGGUGCUGGACGUGGAGAUUGUGGACAUCUCGGCCGAGAAUGAGAAUGAUUUCCCCGUGGAGCAAAUCCAAUGGGCGGACGCCUGUCUUAUCGUAUACAGCAUCACGGACCGGGCCAGCUACGAGUACGCACAGCGGUCAUUGGCCGAACUGCGACAGUUGCAAAAUUCACCAUCGGCUUAUCUGAUUGGGAACAAGGCCGACCUGGACCACUUACGAGAGGUUCAAGAAACGGAAGGAGCCACCUUGGCCGCUUCGCAUGCGAUUGGCUUCUGCGAGGUUUCCGUUGCCGAUAAUUCCCCCGCCCUGUACAAAGCAUUCGAACGUCUACUGAUCGAAUCCCGCGCCCGCCCAGUGAAACCGAGAAAGUUUUCCGUUAGCAAAAUGUUCGGUACCCUCAUCGGAAACAAUGGCACCCGGCAGCCUUCGGCCGCGGUCAGCCAGGGCACGGUAGUGCCUUGUCACAAAGGAGAGCUGCACAAAACCCGGGUGAUGAAACGACGACAGGCAUUUACUGCGACGGCAUCGCUAUGACCGACAUCGACAACGGCCGAGGAUAGCAGUUAAGGUGAUUUUUUUCUGUCUUCUUAUUCUCGCGGUACGAUGUACUCUACGGAAGCUCCACUAACCGGUAUUAGUAGCGGCGGGAGUAUCGAUAGCACGGUUUCAUCAACGACUGACUGGCUGGCGGUAGAGAAUUUAGUCAGCUUGGUGGCGAAGGAAUUCAGCAGAACGAAGCAUUCGAACAGAUCCCGGUUCAACUUCGGUGGAAUGAACAGAAAUGUGAUUUAAAUUUAGCAUUCUAUAGAGAGCGCCGACAAGCGGCAGCACACAUACCGUAGCGUAGACACUAAUCGCACCCCGAAGCAUACUCAACCCCAUCCAACUGGUACUAAUCUAAUGUGCACUGUGAAACCGAAAUCACUAAAACUUUUCAUACGUUCGGAGCUACUUUAUUGUUUUAGAUAAAGUAGUCCGUAGCUAGAUGUAUAUGAUAUUAGAAAAAAUAACGUAAUUGAGUGUCAUUAAUAAUUAUAGCCGAACAAUUGUUUCGUACAGACGGAAAGGAACUUUAAAUUUUCGAUGUGGAACAUUCAUUUUCUCUCAAUUAUUAGGUCUUCAUCGUAAACGUUAGCAUGUAGGUAGAGGGAACUUUUCCAAACGCAAAGUUCACUGUAGCUCAGUGCUCAGCUAAAAAUUAAAGGUUGUAUCUGAACAGGUUUUCAUCGAUGAGUGCCAAAACCACAUCUUGUUUUCUUAUGUUACAAAUAGACUGCUGGGAGUAUCCAUUUCCAUCUAACUCUUUGGAUAUUUACAAACCAGCGUUGCGCUUUGUUUAUCUUUCGUUUAAUUGAUUAUUGUUAUGCCGUAAGUAGGCACACCUCCUUGUUGAAGGCAAGGGUCGUGCUGUCUAACAGCUUCAACAAACACAUGUUGGCUCAUUUCACCAACAAACAGCGUCUAAAGCACCGUUCCUCCGUGACAGUAUAUCCAGCGCAAACAAAGCCGGCACACAGCUGGUAUUUUUUGAGGCGGUGGAGAAUUUUCCUACAAUUGUCGCCCUUGUGGCGUCAAUACACCCUCGAUCGGAGUUGGCAUCCUGUCAUCGUUGCGUUACCCGUGUCUAUCGGAUGCACCCAUGCCAGUGCCAGUGAAUGGUACCAAGGAAGGUGCAAACCAGUGUCUCCAUAAAAUUAAUGACAUGUGAUCCUUCAGCUGACUGUAUUCUGCGUGAAAUGGAGUAUGUAAAAUGUAUUGGGAAAAUUCCCCUCUUGGUAGUUUUUUUUUUCUGCACACUCAAACCACGCGGUAACAAACUAGAUGUUUAGUGGUUCCGCUAUCAUUACAAAUGCCGCGGAAAAUCAAACAAAGCGGAGGUGGAAAUCCACAAGCCAUAUUGCACCAAAUAAUGUUUUCAUUACAUACACGUGCUUCAGGCUAAUUCACUCGUGAUGUUUUAAACUAAAAAUGAGUAGUUUAUUCAAUUUAUUCUGUCGAUCAUCUUCUCGCACGAUUAUAUAUAAUGUUGAGUUUCGCGGAUUGGAACUGUGUCUAUCGAACUAAUAGUAAUGUAUUGUUUGAUUUAUUGGACACGCUCAAUGCAUACAGACUGCAAUAUGUGAUAUACAGUCAAAACAUUGCCUUUCGUACUGAGUGCAAUGCUUGAAUCAUUCAUCAAAUCAAAUGAAUCAUCUCAACAAAUUCGAAUCAAAAUUAUUGUAAAAGUCGACAUUUUUCUUCUCCAUCAAUUUUAUCAAUUAAAGUUAAAAAAACACUGACAUAGGGCUAAUUAUAGGCAACGAGUUAAUGACGAACAUGCAAUAAACCAUUUGCAGGCAUAUUUGUGCGUUUGCAAGUAUCUGCCAUUACGGUGCGCUGGGGCAGCCAUCUGACGUAUAAGUCUAACGGAACGCCACCUGUCAUCGGCAGAAAUAUGCGUUUUUUUAUGGCGCUUGCAACCGCAUCCGAUCUCCCUGACUGUGGCAUAACGCUGGGUCUGCUCCAUCAAGAUGGAAUGAGUGGUGCAUUAAAGACAGUUCAAGAGUAAAAGUGGAUAAAAUCGACAUUAGAAAAAACAAAUUUCUGGCCAUUGCCGCCAUAACUUCUGUGCGUGACGCUUUAAGACUUAUUUAGCGCGCCCCUGCUAGAUUUUUAUUGGCUUUGGAUUUUAUAUCGACUUGCACGAUUUCCUUUUAACGCCCGAGCGAUCGCAAGCCGAUUACGAGAGGAAUAAAAAUGCAAAUUAAGAUCAUAGAUUUAAUUCAUAUUCCUAAUUUGCCCCAAAAACGACUUCCAUAACGUAUACCCCAAAUGCUUUCAAAAAAAAAUCGAUACAACCUUUAAGAAAAAGAAAACGGUCUCAAUCUCAAUCGCUUCGCUGCAUAUGCAAAUCGAACAAAUAUCAAAUAUGGCUGUGAAUACAGAUAAGCUCCACUUGAAUUUGGAAAUUAGAAUCCCACGUGUGUUUGUUUAUCGAAUUGCUUUCACCUUCCGGCAGAAAAGACUUAUGCGUGAAAAACUCCUUAAAUUGCGAUCGAAAGUACGGAAGAUUGUUUUUAAAUAUAAGACUCUAUCAAACCGGUCUAGAACAGAAAACUUUACAAAGUUGAUAGAUUAUUCGUACCCAAUUAGUGGAGAAAAGCAGAGUCAAAAAUAAAAAUACAAGAAAGAGAGAACAGAAAGCCUAACCAGCAGCUGUAAUAUGGAGACGAAGCUAGUUUUACCUAGGUGUACCAUGUAAGCUAAUAUAGAUAAAUGUAAGGCGUUACAAACACUAAUUUACACUGUAUUACUAGACAUAGUUACUGUAUGCAUUCAUUUUUAAGACAUUAAUAUAAAAAAGG